AUGGAUCUUUCCCCAAACGAGCUGCAAGAAAGAUGGAAGGCCCUUCAAGCUUCACAAGAUUUUGAUAAACAAGGCCUUGUUGCAUGGCACACAAGAAAUUACCAGUGGGUCAAGUGUAUAGAAUCACGUUCGCCAACAUUAAUUCGGACAGCCUCCAUUAGCGAGAAUCAAAUCCCCUGCGUGGAGCAAAGCCUGCAACAGAUUCCCGCAAAGAAGCUUCAAAUUGGCCACCAUCAUGAAGGCCGCGUUUUGUUUGGAACGUUGUGUGCGGAGGCGCACAGGAUGGUUGCCAUUACCACAGUUUUGGAAGAUGACUGCGGAAAUGGUAUUCAAAUCGCUAUAUAUAACGUCCCACUUUCGAUUUGGAGGACUGCAGAUGUGCGCAAGCUUUAUCCCAAAGGUGCUAGGGUUGCUGUGAAAGAGCCCUACUUUAAGCGAGCCGAUGAUGGUCUUCUCACGGUAUGUGUUGAUAACCCUAAUAACAUUGGCAUUCUUGGUGUGCCUCAAGAGGAUGCUUUACUUUUGGGCCUGCUUCAAUUGCGGGUUGAAGGUAACAAAUGUUUCAGAGAUAGCAAGUUGGAAGACGCCGUGGAAUUUUACUCCACUUGCAUAGACAUGAUUCUUUUUGUGCAGAACAUUUGGUGCAGUUAUACUUUGGGCUCUUCAAAUAUUCAGCAGGGUGUAAAGGAGACACUUUUGUAUUCCUAUUCUAAUCGUGCAGAGGCCAGAUUGAAGCUCAAAGACUUUCCCAGGGCUGUGGAGGAUUGUGAUAAAGCAUUAGAUCUGGAUUCUGAGCACCUCAAAUCCCUGUGCCGCAAGGGGCGGGCUCUGCAUGCACUUGGCGAGUUCAAUUUAGCCUGUGAGUGCUUUGAGAGAGCUCUACAACACUCCCCAACAGCCACCGACACGGAAUCUCUGUAUCACAACUCCAAGAAAUUCAACGACCAAAACAGAGAAGGUAUGUUCGAUCUUUCUACAUAUUUUUCGAAUGGAUGCAGGCCAGAAGAUGUUCCUGUGGUGAGCAAUUAUAUUGGUUCAGUUGUCAUCAAGAGAUCAUCAACAAAGUCUUCAGUGCACGGGCUGGGGUUAUUUGCUACAGAAAACGUAGAUAUUGGAGACAUUCUGGUUGUGGACAAUAGCAUUGCAUUCAAGUGCAUAGAGUCCACAGAGCCAAGAACCCUAGGUACUCUCAGUAUUCUCAAGGCUUCAGUGGAUGAGGUUAGGGAGGAUAUACUGGCAAAGGUUGUUUCUUCUGCAGAGUCAUCGCCCAGGGUAUUGCAGCAGUUAAAUUAUCUUGCUCAGAACGAAAUUGAAGUUCCCUCCAUGGAUCUGUUUCACAUAAAUAACAACAGCUGGAAAAAUUAUGGCGUCUGCGUGAGAAAAGAGGGUUUUGCAUUGGACGAAGAUGAUGUUGUGAAGAUAAUGGAGAGCGUGACAUGCAACAUACAGCAUUUUGCUGCACGAGACAUCAAACGAUUUGGAUUGUGGGUGCUUCCAUAUUUUAUUAACCAUUCCUGCUUUCCUAACUCCAAUUGCAUGGUUGUGGGAGAGGCCAUGUUUAUAAUAGCAGGAAGAAAAAUCGCUGCCGGAGAAGAAAUAACAGUCUCUUAUUUUUCAAAUCUUAUACCACUCAAGCUGCGCGAGUCGAUAUGCAGUCUGAAGGGGUUUCACUGUGACUGUAAGCGGUGUGUCUUAGAGCGAAGCUUACCAGCCGCCCUAGCAGGGGCUCUUGACAAACUGGCGCAAUCCAUUCGAUGCACUGUAAACGAGUCCAACUGUCACCCUAUUCAGCAGAUGAAGUCCAUCUCUAAGAAUGCUGUGCAUUUGGAAAAGGCCUUGACCGCCCUGAGCCCUGAAGAAAAGCAACUGAUGCGAGCUUCCUUUCAUCCUAUCUACUCUAAUAUUCUUCUUUUUCUUGAUGUCGAUGUAGCUCUGCCUUCUUUCCGAGAAUUAGUUGAAGCUUGCCAAAAUGCAUCGCCAGGCAAUUUCAUGUCGUUUUCAUUGUGUGCCGCAAGAGGUGUUAAGCCGCAAGAGGCAGAGGAAGUGUGUUGUGCAAUGAUAGGCAAACAGGAACAGCGCCUUGUUUCCUCUCUAUUCAAGUGGGCUGGUAUUGGGGUUUUUGAGCCCAGCUUGACUGACAUCCGCUCCAGAAAAGUCAUGUAA